AUGAAGAGGGCGAAGGAGAAGGCGAAGGAGGGAGCUCUUUCGGGAGCAAUUUCCCCUUCAUCGCGGGAAGAACGAGCUCCAGCAUCGCGCCCUGAUAGGGGGGCGGCACCACCAAUCAGCUGCGAGGGAGAGGCGAGCUCUGAUUGGCCGAGGCUCUCGGCAAAUCAGGGGCGCCUCCCAGAGUAUAAAAGGAGGAUGCAAGGCGACGAGAGUGCAGUCGCGCAGAACCAACAGCAGGAGAAGCAUCAGCUACAGAAACAACAGCAGCAAAACCACAGCAGCAGCAACAAUAGCAGCAACAGUACCAGCAGCACCAGCGCCUGCAAGAAAAGACAGAACUUCAGCAACUCCAGCAGCAACAGCAGCAGCAGCAGCAGCAGCAACAGCAGCAGCAGUAACAUGAGCAGUCAUCAGAAGAAAACAGCAUCAACCCAGCCCCCAAGAAACCUUGCGGUGUUAACAAAGGGGGCUGGAGAUAAUUUAAGCAUUCCUGCUGGAUCACUGCUGGGGACAGUCCCCCUCGGCCUAGCCUCCCAGAGGUCAGUGGCAGUAUCCAGUCAGGAACACGAAACAGGUCGUGCCCCGACAGUCGUCGAUCAGACUGUCGAGGGCCUCACUCUGGGUGAUACGCCCUAUGAGGGAAUAGCCCCUGUGAACCAGAUGGGCCCCCAGAGUGACUCAGAGGAAGAAACCAGCAAACAAGAUAAACACACUGCACAAGAAGCUACUGAACAAGAAAAAACCACACAACAAGUAGACCUCAUAGAAUGGGAAGAAAUGGAACAAGCACAACAGGAGGAAGAGGAGCAAGACGACAUAGAUGUUGUUACAAUACCAACUCCCAGCUACAAGCAAGAAACUAAGAAGCAGCAGACUAAAGAAAAAACAACAAAAACAACAUGGCUGACACAAUGA